UGUAAAACCUAAAAUAGAAAGUCGUGAUGCUAUCGUAUAUUUCUUGAAUGAAAGACCACAGCACAAACGCAAAAGAAAUAAACCGAAAUAUGAACUUUAUUACAAAACUCAAAAAGGAUACAUUGGACAACACUAUCUUGCGGAUGACGGCAUGAAUGAUCCAAUUAAAGAGAAUAAGAAAACAUCACUUGACGAUUUAGAACCCUUUUUUAGUAUGAUGGAACAUAUGAUAAACAGAAAUGAUAUAAAACUUGUCAGUUACGAUUGGCUGGCAGCAACAGUUGAUAUACAAGCAGCUGUAGUGAAGUUAACUUCACUUUCUGAAAAAAUCUACGAAGGCAUUUACAUCCACCCAUACGAUCUAUCCCUUCUGAAAUACACCCAACAUCUAUUCAACGCCGUGAAGCCUCAUGGAGGGAACCCUGAAAUAAUAAGUCUUCGUAGAAUGCAUACGCGAGAUAGUUUACUAACAUUUCUGGACGAGCUCAGAGGAAGAUUGUUUAAUUUACACAACUCAAUAAAGCAGAUAGCACAAGCCACCACCUACAGAAAUCAAAACUGGUUCCGUGAUUUAAAGGCUGUCUAUCUGAGAAAGCCCUCCCAGAAACAAGUGUUAGAGGUCCUUCUGCACCUAGUGUCGUCUGGUUUGUUCUCACUGAUAGACCAUAGUGCUAUAACAUGGGUGCAAGGGGAUUAUCUGUCUUAUAUAUUAAGCCAUCGAGAAGAGGUGCUGAAAACUGAACACGAGCUCAGAGUUGCACUGAGAAUAUUGCGUGAACUAAAACGUUUCGGAGACUAA